AUGGCCACCCUGCAGAAAUUUUUGAGCUCUUGCCUCCUGGGGACUCUGGCAGCCAGCUGCCUCCUUCUCGUUGCCCUGUGGGUGCAGGGAGGAGCGGCUGCGCCCCUUGGCUCUCACUGCAGGCUUAACGAGUCCGACUUCCAGCAGCCAUACAUCAUCAACCGCACCUUCAAGCUGGCCGACGAGGCUAGUUUGGCAGAUAACAACACAGACGUUCGGCUCAUUGGGGAGAAACUGUUCCAUGGAGUCAAUGUGAGACAGCACUGCUACCUGAUGAAGCAGGUGCUAAACUUUACCCUUGAAGAGGUGCUGCUCCCUUACUCUGACCGAUUCCAGCCUUACAUGCAGGAGGUGGUGUCCUUCCUGGCAGGGCUCAGCAACAAGCUAAGCCAAUGCCAUAUUGAGGGUGAUGACCAGCAUGUCCAGAAAAACGUGCAAAACCUGAAGGACACAGUGAAAAAGCUUGGAGAGAGUGGAGACAUCAAAGCAAUUGGGGAACUGAAUUUGCUGUUUAUGCAGCUGAAAAAUGCCUGCAUUGGACCAGAGAAAAGCUGGAAAAUGGAUAACUAA